AUGAAUUCCAAAACUCGCUCUUGCAACGAUGAAGUCAAGGACGGGAUGGCGGUCGACCUCGACACCAUGGUUGGCAGCAUCACUAACGAACUCAAAAUUGACAAAGAUUCUCAUAGCCAUAGCAAAAGGCACCCAUCAUCUCAGCACGACACCCCGCGGGUUCCUCAUAGCGCCGGUGAUAAACCACUAUUUCCAUGGAAGGUCGUCGACGACUUCCGAGGAGGGCAAGACAUUGGCAGCAACAUUUUUUUAAGCGUUAAUGACAAGAGACGCGAUCCUUCCGAAGCAGAUGCUGUGUUGUCUGUUUACGACAUGGGCCUCGGUAUCGCACCGCAGGCCGCCGACGACCCUCAGAAACAUGAUCGUAGCCAAAGCGAAGCAACCGAUCCCGUGUCCUGCGAGGCUUACCCGAAAACUGAUUCUUUUCACUCGGCCGAUGACACGUGUAUUGGGAAUAUCGUCCGAGAUAAGAUGGAAAAAAGUCUUUGCUGGAGCAAAAUGGAUAGAAAGGAGUACCUGCCAAGAGACGCAUUUGACGAGAUAUUUACCAUUCCGACUGUAAAAUCUCUUAUCAAGGCCAUCUAUCACCGUGCCACCGACGACGAACUUUCCUGCAAGAUUAACCAGGUCAUAGGGGACACGGAGAAAAGUCGCCGAAUGAUAGUCGCUAUCCUAGUCUUCAUGAAGCAGACCAGUCAUAUUGAUGACUUCAUCCGGGAAGGCAUCUUUGACCACCACAUGCCAUUGCGUCACACGAGAGAAAGCAUGAGAAAUUUCCGAACCAGAGCUGAAGCCGAUGAAGUUGAAGACAUAAACGAGACGCUGUUCAAGGGGUGGGAGCGCGUCCACGUCGAUCUGUUCUACAUUUACCAGCAGAUGAUUGUCGUGCCGAUUUUCGACAUGGACGAUGGCCCAAUCCGCAUUCACAUCUUGGAUCAUGACAAACCGAAGCAUCCUCAGUGCUUUGCAGUCAAAGAGAUCCACGCCGCCGACCACGAAUCCUACAGCAAAGAACUCCGAGCACUCCUACACUCGUGCAAUAGAGUGCAAAAAGAAAAACACCUGAUCAAGCUCAUGUUCAGCUUCCAGCACGGGGAAAGGCUGUAUCUUGUCUUUGAGUGGGCGGACGGCAACUUACAGGAGUUCUGGGCCAAGAAAAAGGUCCAGUCGUCGGCAGUAUCGGCAAGAUGGAUGCUGCAGCAGUGUCGGGGCAUCGCAAAUGCCGUCAAACGCAUCCACGGUCUGACAACGUGGCAGAAGGAAGAAAGAAGGUCAACAGCUUCCAGUACCGAGGAAGAGGAGAGCCUUAUCAAGGAUUGGGGACGGCACGGCGAUAUCAAGCCGAGCAACAUCUUGUGGUUUUCCAAGUACGGGGAAGACCAUGACCAUCUCGUCGUUGCAGACCUGGGGCUUACCCGGUACCAUUCUCGCUUGACAAGGUCGCGCGUCUUGAGGGUUGACGGUUUUACUGGGACCUAUCGUGCUCCAGAGGUAGAUCUCGGCGAUCUCAUCUCCCCAAAGUACGAUAUAUGGUCUCUGGGGUGUGUUUUCCUCGAAUUCUGCGUCUGGUACCUGUUUGGCCCAAGGGUUGCUACAGAGUUUGAAAGAGAGCGCAGACCCAAUCGCUCAAAGGAGGCCAUGGAGCCAGGAGAGUUCGAUAAUAGCUACUUCGUGACGAAGUUGUCUGCUGGGAGGAAGAAAGCUGUGCUCCACCCGGCGAUUGACACAGUGAGUAUAACGUCCCCUCAGAAUAAUCAUAUUCCCAAAUACAUCAUUGCUAACUUCCGGGUCAUCAACAGUGGAUUCUUAAGAUAA